GAGCCACAUCGCAACAUGGAAAUGACGCGUACUGACCUAGCGAUCGCACACGCACGCACGCACGCUGACGUGAAGAUCACACGCACCGACACGGCGGUCACUCACAUGCACACGCACGCAGCCCGACGCAAGCCCAGCCUCUGUGGAGGGACCCGCUUCUUGCGGGGGAGUCACCUCAAAUUCCCACCUCAUCCCCAGGAAGGGGAGGCCGAGGGCCUCCUCUGGUUUUUCACCGCUGUGCCUGCGGUUGGAACCGAUGUGGGCCCCCCCCCCCUCCCCUGCUCACCACCUAGCGCAGCUCAGUGCCAUUUCAGUGCGACCCCUGCCUCGGGGACUGGUCCCCCGCCCCCUCAGUCCCCCCUCGGGCCUCCCCUCUGUGGGGGCCAGGCCUCCUCCCUCUCCGCAGCCCGGCCGAGAGCUCCCCAACGCCGUGGCACCCCCGCCAGGCGGUGUGGCCCGCACCCUGGCCCGGCGUCCUGCGGUCGGGUGGGGGGACGCGGCCCCAGCCCGGCACGCCUCAGGCAGGAAGCUGGCAGGGGCCAGGGCCGCCAUUCGAACUGGGGCAGAUGGUUUUGCCAGGAGGAAGUUGACAGUUCAACUUCAAACACGGAUGACGCAGGCCCCAAGCUGCCUGCUCCCCUGUCCCACCCCUGCCCGCGCCGGCCCGCCCCACCCCUCCUCCCUGAGAGGGAGACCCGGGAACCAGACACCCUUCGCCCACAGGUGCCGAGCUUGGCGAGGCUGAGGCAGGAGGAGGCCGCGCCCAUGGGGUCUCAGCAACCACCACUGGCCGCCCUGUACCUGCUGGGGGUGCUGGUCACUUCCUGCCUGGGAGGGCCCAACUUGGAGAACUCAGGGCUCCGGGUGAGACUGACAAGCUCCAACUCGCACUGCCAGGGCCAGCUGGAGGUCUCCUUCAAGAACAACAAACCGUGGCACACGGUGUCUAGCCGGAGCUGGGGGAAGAACCCGAACCACUGGGAGGACCCCAAGCAGGCCUCGAAUCUCUGCCGCCUGCUGUCCUGCGGGGAGGCCGUGGCCUUUGCCCACUUCCCUGACUUCAACAGUCCCAAGAACCAGAUCACCUGCCACGGAUUCGUGGGGUCCUUCUCCAACUGCAGCUUCAGCAACGCAAACCAGAGGGACCCUCUGGGCCUGAUCUGCCUGGAGCCGCCCAGGACAGCACCUCCUCCCACGACCCCCCCACCCACAACCACUCCGCAGCCCACAGCCCCUCCCAGGCUGCAACUGGUGGCAGGGCCCGGUGGCCUGCGGUGUGCCGGCGUCGUGGAGUUCUACUGGGGCAGCCGGGGUGGUGCCAUCAGCUACGAGGCGCAGGACAAGACCCAGGACCUGGAGAACCAUAUCUGUGAGGCCCUCCAGUGUGGCUCCUUCCUGAAGCAUCUGCCAGAGGAGGACACCGCCAGGGCCCAAGACCCAGAGGAGAGCAGGCCCUUGCCAAUUCGAUGGAAGAUCCAGAACACGAGCUGUACCUCCCUGGAGCAGUGCUUCAGUAAAGUCCAGCCCCGUGAGGGCGGCCAAGCUCUGGCCAUCGUCUGUUCUGAUUUCCAGCCCAAGGUGCAGAGCCGCCUGGUGGGACGCCGCAGCCUGUGUGAGGGGUCCGUGGAGGUGCGCCAGGGCAAGCAGUGGGAAGUCCUGUGCGACAGCCCCCGGCCCAAGGGCACGGCGCGGUGGGAGGAGGUGUGCCAGGAGCUGCAGUGUGGCAGCGUCGACUCCUACCGGGUGCUGGAUGCCAUCGAGACCUCCCAUGGGCUCUUCUGUCCCCAGGAGAAGCUGUCCCAGUGCUAUCAGCUUCAAGAGAAGAAAGCCUACUGUAGGAGGGUGUUUGUCACAUGCCAUGACCCAAACCCAGCAGGCCCGGGCGCAGGCACCGUGAUGAGCAUCAUCCUGGGCCUUGUGCUCCUGGCCGUGCUGCUGGUCGUGUGCGGCCCUCAUGCCUACCGAAAACUGGUGAAGAAAUUCCGCCAGAAGAAGCAGCGCCAGUGGAUUGGCCCGACAGGAAUGAACCAGAACAUGUCUUUCCAUCGCAACCACACGGCCACCGUCCGGUCCCAGGUUGAGAACCCCGCAGUGUCACAUGUGGAGAAUGAAUACAGUCACCCUCCUAGGAACUCUCACAUCUCUGCUUGCCCAGCUCUGGAAGGGGCCUUGCAUCGUGUUUCCACCCAGCCCGAUAACUCCUCCGACAGUGACUACGAUUUGCACGGGGCUCAGAGGCUGUGAAAGAACCAGCACCAGGCACAGAACGGCAAGAGCCCGACCUUUUUCCGGAACACUCUUCAUUCGCCCCUUGGAAAUUAUUUCUGCCCCCGAACCAGGAAAUGGACCGAGGCAAGGGUGCCUUCCGACAUGUCCCACGUCCCUGCCGCCGAAUGCCGCGGGAGCCUGGCCCAAUGAGGACCCCCAAAACAGCUCGGCUGCGCCUCUGAGUGCGGGGGCCGUGAAAGGCAGAGCCCAGAGACAGACACGCGGGGAGCAGCGCCGAGAGGAAUCAGUUCUGUCCUCAGACUCUGCCCCCAGUGAGGACAAACAAGGAAGCGCCUCUCUGCCGUGGGGGUGGGGGCUCAGUUCUCCAGUGGAUGUUUAAUAUGUUCUUUGUAAAUAACAGCUUUUCUACUUCCUGAGAA